GAUUUUGGACCUGGCAGGGAUCGCACACACAGGUCAGGUGACGUGAGUCGUGUGUGGGCGUGGUUUCGGAUCCUGCGUGUUACUGCAGGUAGUUCAGCUGGACGCUCUAACUGCCACCGGUGCGCGAGGACCCUCUGAGGGGCACGUGACGUGUGCGGCAGGGUGAUCAAAAUUGUAAUAAUGUCAAAUCCAGUGUCUAACCACGGCUUAGUCAAUGGGAAUCCAAAUGUGUCUCACCUUGCUCCUGGCAUUAAGAAUGAUGCUGAGAUGUUGGACCAGAUAAAGCAAUUGCUCAUUGAAAACAACAAUCUAAAAGAAACCAUGAAGAAAAAGAAUCAGGAAAUGAAGGAACGACUUGAGGACUUACUGAAGAGAGAGAAACUGAGAGAACAAGGGCUGUCUGAAACUGGAAUAUUGGAGGCUAAGCAGCGCUUGUUUGACUUGAGCAAUGAGAAUGAAUUAUUGAGAAAGGAAAUAGAAACAUUGAAGAAAAAAAAGGGGGAGGCUUCUGGUUGUCCUGCCUGUGAUAUAGCUAAUGAAAACAUAAAACAGAUGAACACACAGUUGCUGCGCCUCCAGGCCGAGAAGGCAGAUCUCCUGGGUAUAAUAUCCGAACUACAGGUGAAACUCAGCAGCUGUGCAUCUGAAGACUCCUUUGUCGAAAUUCGAAUUGCAGAGAAAGAUACUAGUUCAGGACAGACAGAGAACAAAACAAAAAAUGGAGAAGAACAUCAUGAAAUUGUUUCAUACAGCAGGCCUAUUGAUGAAGAGCAUGGUGGCUUAGAAUCAGAAGAGCUGGCUGUCAGUAAACUUCUUCAUAGUUUGCGAGAAGAAACGCAAAAAGUGGAGACAUUGGAGAAGGAGCUUUUGCAAGUCAAUGAAAGAGUGGCAAAUCUGGAGAAGAAAGCCUCUGAUCUCUCAGAUAAGGAAACUCAAACAGAAAUUGAACAGGAGCAGGAAAAGGAGUGUGAAUCCGUACUGAUGCUUUCUAGUGAAGUAGAUAUCUUGAAGCAAAAAGUGAAGUCAUUAAAUAAAGAACUUCAAGAUACCAGUGGAAAGUUAACUGAAGCAGAGCAGUUUAAGAACAAGUUGCAAGAUAGAUGCAUUUCUCUUGACAAGAAACUUUUGGAAAAUGAAGUUGAUUUGGAAGAAAAACAAAAGCUAAUUUAUUCUGUGCAGAAAUUAGAACUCCAGGUGGAGAGCAUGCAGUCAGAAAUCAGAAUGGAGCAAAGCAAAACCCAAGCUGAAAAAAAUAGAUUGUCCUCGUUCCAAGAAUCCCAUGACACACUAAAGAAUGAAUAUGAGGAAUUAAAAAAAAUUGAAUCUGAAAGCGUAUCCAAAGUUCAGUAUGAUGAUUUGGUUCAAAAGCUUGACGCAUGUGAAAAAGCUCUGGCAAAGAAGCAGUUUCAGAUUGAUGAACUGAACAAAACCAUUGACAAACACAAGGAAGAUGUAGAGACAAUAGAACUUCUUCGAGCUCAGGUUGAUAUAUAUUGUUCAGAUUUUCAUGCAGAGAGAGAAGCAAGACAGAAUAUUCAUCAAGAGAAGGAGCAGUUAGCAACUCAGCUGACUUAUAUGAUGCAAGAAAAUGAGAAUCUCAAGGAUCAAAUUAAAAAUCGACAGUCCAUAGAACAACUGCAGCAGCGCCAUGGCUCCUCAUCUGAGAGUCCGCACCUUGUACCAAGAGGAGCUGAGAACAUGGAGCAGCAUCAUCUUCCUGUACACACGUGUCCUAAAUGUAACCUCACUGUUCCAGACAUGGACACUCUGCAGAUACACGUCAUGGAUUGUAUCACAUAAACAAGCACACAGGCUUCAGGCUGUUUGAAUUUAGUUAGGAUAACGUUAAUUAAAAGAGGAGAUCACUAAAUCGCAUUGACACACAUAAUUAAAUUUUAAAAAAGGUUUGUUUCUUGAAGCAGUUUAUUACUGCAUAUUUUGAUUUUAUAUUUUUCAAUCUCCUGCAAACUCAUCCAUGAUGAGGGAUUAUAGAAAUUUCCUCAUAAUAUUAUUUGUCAUUAAGAGGUAAAAGACGUGUAAUUAGUUCAUCUUAAUGUAAGUAUGGGGGGGGGGGGGGGGAUAUUUUAUAGGAAAAGGGCAGGAAACCUAAAUUGAAUCUACAGUUUCAGUUGGUA